CCUUCCAACCUCUCUUACGUCUCUUCUUAUCAGCCAAGCUCAUCAUUGUUUCCGCCAGUGUUCUUAUGCGAGCUACCUACACAGGCGCAUCGCAGAAACUAGGCAAAUCACAUCCGCAGUCGCCGCCUCUGCAUCUCCAUUUCGAUCAGUUCGAGAGCUUUUAUGUUGGGGCUGGGAAGGUGGGUACGACGGAUGGGUGGGCCGCGGAAGAUCGUGUGUGGACGAGGGAAGACGCGCCGCUGGAUAUAAAGCCGUGGGAACCGCAUCGGUUCUGGCCAUGUCCAGAUGCAGAGGAAGACAGCGUGCUGUACCUCUGGGCGCACCCAACUGGGACGCCCGAACCCAUGGAUAGAAUGUUCUUCGACAAUCUACUGCGCUAUCUUAGCGAUGUGACUGAGAAGAAGGCGAGCUUGAGUCUGCUUCAGGUCAUGGUUAUGCAACAUGCAACUGCUUCAGCACUUGUCAUGUUCCCAACAGCGUGGUGGCUAGGUCCGAUUCGGUGGUGGGUUCCGUGGACGCUUCAGCGUAUGUGUGCGUGGGUGGGGAGAUGCUGUGGGUAUAUGGCGUUGAUGGAGCAGUAUACGGACCAGGAAGAAUGGAAGGAUUUCCUAAGGGCGAAGAAGGCUUGAUCUUUGGGUCCAACUUCCUGUAUAACUGUGAGAUGGCGUGUCGAGGCUGGAAGGAGGGGAGUGCACUGUAGUCCUCCACCCUACUUUGUCAGCCGUCAUGCCCUGUGUGGCUG